AACGAACUAUUUAGCGGCUUCUUCCCUUUUUAAUUUAUCAACUAGAAUGGACUUUCACUAAUUAAAUAACAGUUUUAGUACAUAGAACGUAAAAGCGUAAUUAUUACAUGCGGGGAUUAUCGUAAGGUUUGCUCCCUUGUCUGUCACAUUGACAUUUCGCGACCAAAAUAAACAAUUAGCGAUUUUUGCAAAUUUACAAUCGGCAUGGAUUAACAAACGACACAAAAAGACAUUCACAAUGCCAAGGUGGUUUUCGCUAGCGUUGCAAAGACUCCAGUCGAAAGACGAUGACCGUAACUUGAUCUCGGCCACAUUCCACAUGAUAACAAUAACAUUAAUUAGCAUGAGUCUCGUGGAUUUAACAUGGUUUACGAUAUCGGGGGACGUUGCAGUACCUAAUCUAUCUCUCGGCCAGUUCUUUUGGUUUGGAUACACAGACUCAGUCAAUUAUAAAGAUUAUGAUUUCAUCAACUCAACUAUUGUAAAUUUGAUGAGGACUACAAUUUUGCUGUGCUUUAUGGCAAUCAUAUUUAGCCUAGCUGGGUUUUUCCUCGAUAUAAUUGGCCCUAAAAGUAUUUUGUAUAGGAUGAUAAGGCGAUACGCUGUACCUGGAACAUGCACAGUAUUGUGGAUUAUGGCCAUUGUGAGUAUAUCGUACUACAUAGUAUUACUACUCGAAGAUUCGGUGGAAAAAACAUCACUUAAAGCCGACACAACGGUGUCUUACGGUAAUGGAUUUUAUGUCCUUGCCUCAGCUGGCGGCGUCUCAUUAAUUGGAAUCUUUUAUAAUUUAAUAAUAGCUCAUCAUCCUGUAGGUUAUUACAGGGAAGAUGAUCGAUGUUUGAUUGGCUAUGAUGACGGUUUAGACACGUUUAAUAGCCCCACACCACCCCCGCCUUACAACGUCCCACCCCCUCCCUACACCCCUUGAUAUUUAAUUGUAGUAAUUUAUUAGAAUUUAUUUUGUGAUAGCCCGGAAUUCUAGUCUGCUUGGACGGUAAUAAUCACCAAAGAUGAAGCUUUAUUGUAAAAACUGGACCUACUUGUUCAAAUGUACAGUAGGACCUUGAUAUUCGACCAUUUCUCGGAUUCAAAACUGGUAUAAAUAUAUACUGGGUUUGCUUAUACGCAUUAAUUUGCCAAGUACUAACGAAUAGUGAAAAAAUUAGCAAAAGUUUUUUAGUUACCGAAUUGUUGAAGCUUAUUAGCUGUUUCAAAACUAUAGGUAUGCCAACGUCGCAUUUUCUCGGAUAGUUAGUUGUUAUAAAUUAUUCAUGCACUUCAAAAACUUCACAGCUAAUGUAAUUUAUAGUUUCAAUGAGAUCUAAUGAUUAAUAAGAAUUUUACAUUUUUAUCAACCUAAUUAAAAAAAUAAGCGACGUUGUCAUUUUCAUAGUUUUGAAACAGUUUUUCUUUAUUCAUAACUUUUUUCACUAUUAUUCGUUAUUAUUAAUUUGUCAAAAGCUAUCAUUCCGUAAGGUUAUACGUAUAAGCACACAAAAAUCACCAUUUUCGAUCGAACAUAACCAACAAAUUUCUAUAAAACAUGUCUCCUGAAUCAUUUUUUAAUUAAAAUAAAAACUAAACAUUAGUUAAUUACUUCUGAAAUCUGUAUCGCUGAAUAUGCUUUGAGGCGACAGAGGUUCUACUGUAUUAUCUUAGUUAGUGUUGAUAUGAUUUAAUGCUUGAUUGAUGUAACGAUCAAUAUAUUUUUCAGAAACUU